GACUCGCAACAAAACCCUCGUUCUUUCGCUGACGAAAAAAGAAACAUACCCCUGUCCCUCACCUCUGUCCCCAUCCCACUCCACCUCCGCUUGCUCGCGCCACCAAGCCCGGCGCGCCGGAGAUGAUCUCGUCCAUGUCCUGGGUGCCCAGGGGCGCCGCCAGGAGCGCCCCCAUCCAGGCGGAGCCGCCCACGCAGGAGGAGAUCGACGAGGCCAUGAAGAGCAUCGCCCUCGCCACAGAAAAUGAUGGCAGUGACGCCGCCGCCGCCGACGACGGCGAGAUGGAGGUCGACGGCGCCGACGAGGAGGACAAUGAGGAUGUUGCCCAGGCCAAGGCCGCCGCCGAGGCGCUCGGGAAGACCGGCUCGGGAGGCGGUGUCUCCGAUGGGCUGGAGGAGCUCAACAUGGAGGAAUACGACGACGAGGACGACGAGCCUGAGCUUCUCAGUGCCGGCGGGAGGGGGGAUUUGUACUAUGAGAACAACGAAGAGGACCCUCAUCUCAUCAGGAACAACGAUGACGACGGUGAUGAGGACGACGAGGAGAUUGAGGACAUGACCAUCAAACCUACUGAUAUGCUGAUUGUUUGUGCGCAUAACGAGGAUGAGUUCAAUUCUCUUCAGGUUAGUAUAGUGGAAGAAUUGGAGGACGGGGAUCUUAAUAUGUAUGUUCAUCAUGAGGUCCCUCUUUCAGAUUUUCCACUCUACACGGCUUGGAUGGAUUUUAACUUUAAGGAUGCCAAGAAAGAAGGGAAUUUCAUUGCUGUUGGCACCAUGGAUCCUGCAAUUGAAAUAUGGAACUUGGAUAUUGUUGAUGAGGUCAAACCACAUAUUGUGCUAGGAGGACUUUCAAAAAACAAAGAAAAGGUUAAGGGGGAAAAGGGAAAAAAUUACAAGGAGGGUAGCCACAGAAGUUCUGUGCUCGGACUUGCGUGGAAUGCGGUGGUGAGGAACGCUCUAGCUAGUGCAAGUGCAGACAAAACUAUUAAAGUUUGGGAUUUAUAUACCGGUAAAUGUGAUCGCACACUGCAACAUCAUGAUGGCAAGGUUCAAUCAGUUGCCUGGAGGUCACCUGAAGUUCUUCUCAGUGGAUCUUUUGAUAGAUCAGUGGCCAUGACUGACAUGAGAGGUGAUGGACAAAGUUGUCAUAAAUGGUCCGUCGAAGCAGAUGUGGAAAGCUUAGCUUGUGAUCCACACAAUGAACACACGUUUGUGGUUAGUCUUGAAAAUGGGACGGUUCAAGCGUUUGAUAGGCGGACAGCUUCAUCGCAUUCAAAUUGCGGCCAGCCCAUGUUUACUCUGCACGCACACGACAAGGCUGUUUCUUCAAUAUCCUUCACCCCAUCUACCCCCAAUCUCCUUGCGACAGGUUCAACUGAUAACACGGUGAAGCUCUGGGAUCUGUCGAACAACCAGCCGUCAUGCGUCGCUUCACUGAAUCCAAACCUUGGAGCUAUAUUUUCGGUAUCGUUUUCGAACGACAGCCCCUUCCUGCUAGCAUGCGGAGGAUCAAAAGGCAAACUGAAAGUCUGGAACACACUGUUGGAACCAGCGGUGGCUAAUAGAGUCGGCAAGUAGACAUAUGCUGCGAAAUGGAUUAUCAGUUUUCUCCAGACCCCCCCCCAGAGAGGCACAGAGACUAAUGUCACCACGGUUGUAGCUUGUACAGUAUUAUCUAUUUUGGCUCUUGUACGGACAAAAUGGAUCUGUGUAGUGAAGUGUGGAACUCGCAGCUCA